AUGAGUACAGAAAACAUGGCUUCAGUUGAUAUUCGUUGCAUUCCGGAUAAUCCUUAUGCAAUCAUUGGUAUCGUGAAUACAAAAAGAGCUCGAAUAGAAAUUGAGACAAAGGCAAACGAACAAAAUGCUGAAACAACGAAACGGAAUCCAAUUAAUUUAGUAUUAGUACUUGAUCGUAGUGGUUCAAUGGCAUCAAACAAUAAAUUAGAAUUCGCGAAAAAAGCUGUUAUUUCCGUACUUAAUUUGCUUCAUGAUGAUGAUGUUGUACAUCUAGUAGCCUAUGAUGAUAAUAUUUGGAACAUUUUUGAAAAUGCACGUGCAUCAGCUCGUCAAGUUCUUUAUUCGGUUGUUGAAGGAAUUAAGUCUGGUGGUCAAACUUACUUAUCUGGUGGUAUUGAAACAGGUGCCAAUCUUUUUGAAAAAUAUGCAUAUCCUGGAUAUUCCAAACGCAUGUUUGUAUUAUCAGAUGGAUUAGCAAAUGUUGGAUUAAGAACAAAAGAAGAAAUUAUGAAAGCUGUUAAGAAAUAUAAUGAAAAAGGAAUUAUAAUUGAUUCAUUUGGUAUUGGAGAAGAUUUUGAUGCUGAAAUUAUGAAAGGUAUUGCUGAAGCUGGAUCUGGUCAAUUCUUUUUCCUUGAAUCAGCUGAAGUUAUUGUAACAUUGAUGACAAAAGCACUACAGAGUGUUUUCGAUGUUUGUGGAACACAAACUCAACUUAUUAUUCGCGGCCGUAAUAAUGCAAUCGUAACAAAAAUAUGGGGUCAUGAAAACAUUGCAUUAGGUGCAAAUCUUGGUGACCUUCAUGUUGAUAAUCUUCGUGUUGUUCUUUGUGAUUUUACAGUUUCUGGAACAGUAUCAGAAGGUACAGAAGUUGAUGUUCUUGAUUAUCAAUUGAAAUACAAUCGUCCUGGACAUGUUGAAGAAGAACCAUUAAUAGUUUCUGGUAAAUUAUCAGUAACAUUUGUCAAUGAUGAAUCCCUUAUUCAACAAAUUGAUCCAAAAGUUAAAACCUUACAUGCUGUUCAAGUUGCAGGAGAAAUGGAUGAUAGAAUUGCUCAAUUGAUAGACAAUAACAGAAGAGACGAUGCUAUUGCACUCAUUACUGAACAAAUUACUCUUCUGAAAGAAGUCGAGCAUUUAGACGAUGAGAAAGGUAUGAUUGAAAUGUUAGUCCGAAUGGCAGAAAACAUGCAAAACCGAUUGAAAGAACAAAUAGUUAGCGCAAAAACUGCUGCUAAAUACUAUGGUCACCAUGGUCAUAUGAAAAAAUGCCAUGAUUACAAAUACACUCAUCACUACGCAGAUGAAGCCUAA